CCUCGAUACCAAGUACUUCAGAAAUCAUUCUCCGAAGGAGAUUUUACUUCCUUCCGAUGUAAAUCUGAAAAACAGGUUGGACAGACAGCUUCAACAUCAGCAACUGUGGCCGAGCCAUCUGGUGGCAUUUCGGAAGACAGUGACCUAUCCACAGGGGUUUAUUCCUGUCCUCAAGACGGCUGCGUUCGUGUGUUCCAAAGAGUGUCUGCUUUAGAGAAACAUCUGUCUGUAGAAAAAUGUUCCCGAUCCCCGGUGAAAUAUUCUCUAAUGGAUUUAGCGAAAAUGGGGUACAAGACCCAUUUGGAAGAAGAUGUUGGCAUAUUGCCCUCUCUUAAAGCCCCAGUUGCUCACCAGGAGGGUCACUUUGUACCAAAUGAGGGAUGGGCCCUCAGAGCAGCAAAGAAGGCGUAUAGAUUCAGCGAAAAGCAAAAGUCUUACUUACUGGCGAAAUUCUCUAUGGGUCAAACAACGGGCCGUAAGCUUGACGCCGAGGUUGUGGCGAGGGAAAUGAGACGCGCCCGUGGAGCAGAUGGUGUGCGACUUUUCCAGUCCUCAGAAUUCCUAACCAGCUUGCAGAUUGCGUCCUUCUUCUCAAGGCAAAGCCCUACACUACGGCAAAAGGACCCAGCAGAUGAAGCCGAUAUCCGGGCAUCUCAAGAGGAAGCUAACUUUAGUACAGCGAAGGAGGUCGUUGAAACUAUUCAGCUCAACCAUCCUCUGGAAUACGAUCAGUACAACCUAUGUGAGAUGGCGCUCAGUGGUAACUUGAAAGUCCUCAAGCUACCGAUGCUUCAGCGCUUGUGCGAGGAUCUCGGCCGUGAUGCACCUGUCCCGCCUGUGCGCAAGAAGGCUCCAUACCUGGCACUCUUAGAGGAAAUAGCCAAAAAGUGCACAUGCCGAAAGUAA